UCGAAGCGCGCAUGUGCGAGAGGGCUCGCUGGUUGGUUUCCGUUUGUGCGUGGCCUCGGCGGCCUCUCUCUGCCCGCAGGGGUCUCGCCAGGCGUCGGCAUGAGCUGCACGUCCUUCACCACCCUCACUGAGGAAAUUCGUCUCAAGCGAGGCGCUUCAGGGUUGGGAUUCAAUAUUAUUGGAGGAACUGAUUACCAGCCCAAUUGUAAGGACAGCGCAAUCUACGUGAGCAAAAUUAAAGAUGAUGGACCAGCGGCUCUUGAUGGACGGUUAAAGGAACGAGACCAAAUCUUAGCAAUCAAUGGGCAAGAGCUUGAUAAUGUGACUCAUCAAGAGGCUGUGGAAAUAUUUAGAAAUUCUGGCGAUGUGGUGACACUAUUGGUUUUAAAAAAGAUAAUCAAGAAUAAUCAAAACAGCAAGUCGACUUUAUCACCACUAGUAAUGGCAGCACUGGGUAUAACAGUGUUGGCAAUAUGUGUAUAUGUGAAAUAUCGCCGUAGGUUAUGAAGAUACAAAUUGUCCUUUUCUUUUAAAGUAGGCCAAAAUCUUAAUGUCCAACUUUUCUACAGCUUAUUUGUGUGUCUAGUCAAAUGUUAACUUUGAAAUUUAUUGGCUACUAUAGGAUCUUAAAGGGAAUGUAAACAUUCAUGGAAUAUCUGAAUUAUUUAUGUGCCAAAGAAGCUGGAUAUGUUGCAAUCAUUUUUUAAUAAUAUAACAUGUUAUAAAUUAUAUACACUUAGUCCUCAUUAUUCACAAGGGGUAGGGGUAUGGACUUCCUUUUCAUAACAAAAAAAACAUGGAUAGCAAUACGCAAUGCUCUCCCCAAAUAAACACGUGUUCUAUAAUGCUGUAAAAGCAUUAACGUGUUAAUAAACACAUUAAAUUCUUUUAAAUACCUGAAGGAAAAAAUAUUAGCUAAUAAACUACUUUUAUUGUCUGUAUUGAAACUACAAGCAGUGAUUGGUUUGGAAAUAACAAGGUGCAGCUAUGUAAUCAAAGACUGCUCUCUGUUAGAGCAGUACACAGCAGAGAGCACUUGACACAAGUUGUCUGGAAACUGAUCACUCUAUUUAUACAGACAAUAAUUGGUUCCUUGACAAGCACAUGCUUAUAGAUAGAUUUGAAAAAAUUCAAGAUGGAGCAUAAGGCUAACCUUGUGUAUAUGUGGAUCCACAGAUAGCAACUUGGCAGAUAAUAAGGACCGAGUGUACUGAUUUUUUUAAAUAGGGUUUGGAAAAAAUUCAGCAAAAAUGAUUAAUUAAGGAAAGAUUUCUAAGCUAAAAGACACACAAAAAUUAAAAUAUCUUGGUAAUUUGAUCAAAUUCAAUGUGUGAUUGCUACAUACCAGAAGAAACCUUCAUAAAAUGCAGUUUCAUUACCUGUAUUUUUGGCAGAUAAUAUUCUCCAAUAGUUGAUUUGUUUUUUAAACUUCAUUCAAGCAGUUGAGAAAUAUAUUGUUCAUUAUAUCACCUGCAGGAAUAUAUUAGGAUAAAAUCUCAUUUCUCUAUAUCUAGUAAGUAAUAUAUUGUAAAAACCCUAAGAUAAUAUGGACCAAAAGGUGAAAAGGUUCUUUCACACAAAAUUCCAGUAUGUUAAUCAGAGUAAUUGAUGAAUUCAUGCAAUAUUUUUUACCAAGUUAUCUUAAAUGUAAAGCAUUUGCAAUUGUUACUUGAUUUAAGUGCUUUCAUCUUCACAAGCUUUGUUAAAGCAGAUAUACUUAAAUUAUGUAAUUUUUUUGUAAAGUGAUCAUAUUACCUAAUGGGUUGGUUGUGGAAUGCUGACCAACCUAUAUAAUCCCCAUAUGGAAGUUUUUCCAAGAAUUCAGUGCAGUAUUUACACUUGUAAGUCUGAACUGGGUGCCAAUGUUUUCUUUUAAAUGCUAUAAUAACCUCUUGAAAAAUCAAAGAAUUGUAUGUAUGGAAUAUAACAAGACAACAGUCCAGUGCUGGUUUUACUACUUUAGCUGUAUAUCUUAAUGAAAGUUCACUUAAUGCUACAUCUCUGCUGGUUUCAAAAUGAUUUCUUCAAGCAGGUGGUGAAUUGAUAUCUGGGAAGACUAAUUAUCACAAGACAAAGGAGCAGAAGUAGGCCAUUUGGCCCAUCGAGUCUGCUCCAUGAGCUAUGCUAAAACUAUUCCUAUCUAGCCCCAAUUUCUGGCCUUGUCCCCAUAUCCCUUGAUACCUUGACUAAUUAGAUACCUAUCUCUCUCCUCCUUAAACACCCCCAAUGAUUGUUUUGUUCAGGUCAGACUUGCUAAAUUAUAAUGUUGGACCAGUCCCUUGAAAUCAGAUUCUGUACAUGGAUAUUCCCUAAUCACAUUGGUUUUGUGGCUCUUUUAGAUAAAUUUGAGCAAAUUCUGAUGGCAGAACGAUUGUGAAUAAUUAGCUUGAUAUUUAAGAUGUCAUCUGAGAACUCUGGUGCAACUUUUGGGUAUACUACUUGCCAAAGUUAGCAAGAGGCUAGUAGAAUUGACAAGUUUGCUUUCGUCACUCCUCAGCUGGCUGUCACCAAGCAAUGCUGAGAUGGUGAAUGAAAUUCAUGACCUUGCUGUUUUAGUUGCAAGAAACAGGCUUAAUUCUAACAAGCUGCGGGAUUUUUUUUUGCACAGUAUCCUGCGAUUUAUUACAAAUUAAUUUGUAAUAUAAUGAAACUCCUGAGCAAUAUUGUAAUCCUAUUUACAGGAAAUUCAGUCCAACAUGUGUCUGCUUUAGGAGCUGCCUAUUCCCUUUUUAAAAUUUUGAUUUUCAUAAUCAUCGCAUAACAGUUGACAAUAUACACUAAUAAUGGGUGAAAUAAUAUUUGAAGAACUAAAUCUACACACUCACUUCAGUAACUGACAAACAUUUCACCUCGCUGCAUAAGUGUUUUCAGAUGUGCUGUGCAAUCUCUACUCUUUGUAUUUUGUCACCCUUAAGGGAGAUUAGCAGGAUGCUAUGAUUCUACCUUUUCUGUUGUUAAUAUCACUCUAUAUUUGGGUGAUGGCAGGCAUGAUAGAUUCACUGAAUUUUCCUGUUAUUUAAAUGUGUAGGGAUCAGUGCACUGAAACUACUAUGUGCCACUUUUCCAACACUUUUUUGCCUAAAAUGGUAGGCAGGAGGCUAUCUUAUUCUGCUUUGGCCUUUGUCUAUUACUGCUAUUAAAUUUAAUGUACGUUAUGGAAAUGUGCUGGAAAAUGUACUCUAGUUGAAAAAUCCCUUUAAAUAUGUUUAAAAGAAUAAUCAAAUAUUAUGCCACGUGUUUAAAUAGCAAUAUGAUUUAUAAUAUUGUCUUCCUAAGCCACUCAAAUUACUGAAACCCCACCACAUGGAGAUAUCUGGGAUUGUACAUUGUUGACCAAUGGAAUGUGCAUUGUGUUUUUUGAGUUGUGACGUAGAAAUUUUGACCUGUCUCUAUGUCUGACUCUUUGGUCCAUGUGAUUUGAAUCGCAAAGAGUUUUAUUUAUUACAUUUAAGGUAAAUUGCAUUAACUUCUAUUGGAAUUAAAUGAACUGUUUCAAUAGCAGCAGCGAGGAGUUUGCAUAAACCUUUUCAAAUAUGCUAUUCCCAGAUCGAUGGUGUUUGCACACACUUUUCUUGAACACAGUUUUCAGACCUAAAUGUGAAAUAUAUUAGUAGUUAGAAUCUUUUCUGUAGAAGCCAGUUGCAGAUUCAAAUUGUAGACAUUUGAAAAUGACAACCUACCGAAAGAAACUAACUGAACACUGAUUUUGUUAUAAAAUCUUGAACUUUGAAUCAAAACAUCUUAUUUUCUUCUUUGAUCAGCAUUAUGAUUCUUGCUCCAAUACAGAAUCUUUUGUUGUGUAACACUAUACCAGUGGUGAACAUUGUAGGAAGGGAUAUCUCUUUAUUUGUCCUUAUAUAAGGUGUUAUCAAAGUUUCCAUGCUGAAGUAAACAUGAGACAAUAAACAUUGUAAUAUCGAUACACCCCAUCUUCAUGUGGUUAUAUUAUUAUUGCUGUUUGCCUGGUGAUGCACUUAGAUUUUUCUUGCAGCAUGCUAAUGUUUAAAAACAAAGGCAGUCUAUCUUGUUUUGCAACCGUAAAAAGCUUGCCCUACAAGAACUGUUCCAAUGAUGACACUUUUCAGAUCUCAGAUAUUUCAAAUAGGUAAUUAAAUUGAACAAAAAAAUUAUAGUUUUUCUAAUCUAACAAAUAUUGCCAGGAAAAGUACAUACAAACUGGAGAAAUAUUUUAAAUUGAUGAUACUUUCCACAUACAAUGUUGAAACAAAUGUUUUACUUUUUUAAUCCUAAACUACUUCUAUAUUACAAGCUUAAUAGAAUGGCGAUAUCAUCAUACUACUAUGAUUUUCAAGAUUAGUACAACAAGUUAAUAUAUUGAUUCACAGGUUUCCUCUUUUAUUAAAAAAAAUUGCUGUCUUUUGAUAUGAUCUGUAUUGACCAACUGUGUUAAUGCAAUUCAUUCUUGUACUGGUGCUUACUGUGGGAAUGAUGAAAAUUGCUACAUUUAUUAAGGAAGAGUUACUUUAUUUUUAAAUGAGGUUUUAUAUCUACUUCAGUAUAACUUCACUUUUUCUAUUAAAAUGAAAAUAAAACUGCCAGACCUGACUGUUUUAAUUCAUGUGGGCAAUCAAUGUUGAUGAAACCGCAUCCUUUUUGUCGAUGUGUUGCCUUGAUUCAUAAUCAAAAUGGCCUUUUGGAUCGUAAAGUUUGACUUUUAUAUAUAUGUAGUAGGUGUGGGACUGAAGUGCUGCUAAUUAACUUUGGAAAUUGCAGAAUGAUUCAAAAAUAAAAUUUUUAUGACUACAGUAAUGUUAAUGAGCAUGCUGUGAAAGUCUGAUCUACAUCACUACCAGUGCAGUCUAGGCAUUUGUACAAGUAAAAGCUUACAAAUUUUGAUUGAUGCAAAAUAAAUGUAACUAGAUAAAAUGAUAUUUAUGCAUAUUUUUGUAAAAUUGAUGCCUGAAAGAGAA